GUCACCUCCCCGGCACCUCCUCCCGUCGCUGGCGCGUCCCCGGGGGUCCCCCAUCCCCCCCGGGCCCCCCGGCCGGGACCCCCCCAGCUCCUCCCCUCCCCCACCGGACCCGCCGAGCCCCUCCCCCCACCCCCAGCCGCCCCCGCCGCCCCCGAGGACCCCGAGCGGCCGCUCCGGGUGGGGGAGCACCGGGGGGACCCCAACAACAACAGCAGAGACCCCCCCAACCCCCUGCCACCAACCGGGACGAGCCCGGCCGUACCCACCCCUCGGAAAAAGCCGAUUCUUCCUCCUCUUCCUCCUCUUCCUCCUCUUCUUCCUCCUCCUCCUCCUCCCGCUCUUCCUCCUCGUCCGCCUCCUCUUCCUCGGGCCCGCCCGGCCCCGUCUCGGCCCGGCCUCGCUCGCCUUCAUCCCUGGAUAUUUAUGAUCCUUUCCACCCCACCGAUGAGGAGAACCCAAAUUUGGGGGGCGGCGCCGGAGCCCCCCAGGAUUUUGCCUCCUCUUCCUCGCCGGGCAAAGAGGCCGAAGGUCGGCAGGAUCAGAAGUACGACCCCUUCGACCCCACGGGUUCCAACCCCAGCUCGUCACGCAGCAGCCCCAGCCCCGAGGAGGAGGAGGAGGAGGAAGAGGAGGAGGAAGAGGAGGAGGAAGAAGAGGAGGAGGAAGAGGAGGAGGAAGAGGAGGAGGAGGAAGAGGCGCCGGCGCUGCCGGACGUUUCUCACAGCAUCAGCCGCAUCUCGGAGACCUUGGCCGGAAUCUACGACGACAACAGCCUGAGCCAAGACUUCGAGAAAGAUCCGGAACCUCCAAAAACUCCUCCCAACCCUCCCGGCGCCGACUCCACGCUGCCCGAAGAGGAGGAGGAGGAGGAGGAAGACGAGGAAGAGGAGGAGGAGGAGGAGGAAGAGUGCGAGGAAGGCUCCUCGGAGCCGCCCCGCCCCCCGCCGGAGCCGCGCCGCCGCGUCUUCGUGGUGGAUCUGGGCAAAGAGAGCGAGGCUCACCCCAAAUUCGACGGCAAGCUUUCCUUGGAGGUGGUGACCCCCGGAAAUCCCAAAGCCCCCCAAAAUCCUUCGGCGGUGGCACCGCCACAACCCCGCGGUGCCACCCCCAAACCCUCCCGGCACCGCGGGCGCCGCGAGUGGGGCACGCCGGGCGAUUCGGAGAUCGAGGAGGGCGAGAUCGUGCAGCCCGAGGAGGAGAGGUUCAGCCCGCUGAGGAUUUUCCGUGGUGCCACCAGCGGUGCCACCGGUGGUGCCACCACUGCCACCAGCAGCAGAGGCCGCGCGGCGCCGGAGCCGCGAGCGCCGCGUCUCCCCGAGGGCGGCGGCGGCGGCGGCGGCGACGAUUUCUUGUCCCUUCACGCCGAUUCGGACGAAGAAGGCGAUUUUGGCGCCGAAUCCCAACCGGAUCCGCGAUGGAAAAACUCCGGCGGUUCCUCCAGCGGAGGCGGCUCCGAUUUGAGGAGAAAAAUCCUCAGCCAGCGACGCCUCCGCGCGCCGCCCUCGCCGCGCUCGCCCUCGGCCGCGUCACGUAAGAAAUCCAAACGAUCCCGGGAACGUGGUGGAUCCUGGGUGGGAGCAAAGAAAGUUCCGGAAGCGUCGGCGGCGGCGGCGCCGGUGUCGAAAUCCAAGGAGCGUCACCGGCGCCGCGGGUCCCGCUCGCGCUCGCGCCGGCGCUCGUGGUCGCGACGUUCUCGCUCGAGGGAGAAACGGCGCCGGCGUCGUUCGGGCAGCUCCGGGCGUUCCCGGCACAAGGAAAAACACCGAGGGGAAAAGAAGAAGAAAAAACAACGCUCGAGAUCCAGGGAACGUCGAGGAUCCAGGAGAGACGGAGAGGGGAAAGGGGGAGAGAAGGGCGAGGCCUCGAGGCGGCGCGUGGUGCCGCCCUCGGUGCAGGAGUUGAACGAUUCCGAUCUUUUUGCCAUCAAAAGAACCAUCACGGUGAAGAGACGAGCGGCCACGCCCGAACCCAAACGGGAGGUGCUCUACGAUUCGGAGGGUUUGAGUUUCGAAGGAUUUUCCGACCGUGAGCACGCCGAGUUCCCGGCGAGGAAAACAGAAACCAGGCCGGAAUCUGGGAAAAAAGAGAAGGAAAGAAAACGGAGCCGACCCGAGGAAAGACCAACAGGGAGGGAGAAAUACAAGAAAAAAUUUAAGGAUUACGCCGAGCCUGGUGUGGUGGAGAGCGGGAAGAGCAAGGAAAAGCAACGGGAGAAAAGCAGGAAAGGGAAAACGGGCGGGGGGCACAAGGAAGGGACGGAAACGGCGGCGCCCAAAGCGGCGGCGGCGGCGGCGCCCAGGAAGGUGAAGCUUCAAUCCAAGGUGUCGGUGUUGAUCCGGGAGGGCGUCAGCUCCACCACGACCCCCGGGAAAGAUGGAGGAGGAGGAGGAGGAGGAGGAGGAGGAGGAAGCAGCGCCGGGAUCGGGGUGAAAUUCGCCCGCGACGCCGAGAGCAGGGCGGCGUUCCUGAAAGCCGAGGAGAAAAGCGACAAAGGGACCCCUAAAAACGACGGGGGGCAAACUCGAGAUGGGGGGGCCAAACCCCGCAAGGCGAAACCCCCCAAAAUCAAGGGAGGGGUGAAGAAAAUCAAGGUGAAAACCAAAGGUGAAGCUCGAAAGAAAAGAAAAACCAAGGCUAAAAACAACACCGGCGGCGCUUUGAAGAAAUCCAAAGCCGACAGCUGCAGCCAAAGCGCCGGGACCCCCCCUCUCCGUUUGCCCCCCAAACCCGACCCCGCUUGGUCAGGCUCUGAAAAAUCCCCUGGGGACACCCCAAAACCUCCAAGCCCCCCUUCCCCAACCGUGACCGUCACCCCCAAAUCGGCUCCGGCCCCUCCGGCCGCCGCCGCCGAGCGCGAGCUGACGCCGGACUCGCAGACGGUCGACAGCAGCUGCAAGACCCCCGACGUCUCCUUCCUCCCCGAGGAGGGGGCUGGGGGACCCCCCCAAACCGUGGGGACGGAGGGGACGGGGACAGGAGACCCCCCAGGAGGGGACCCCGAGGCUGACAGUCGGUCUGAGGGGAAGGAGGAAGCCGGGAGAGCGUCGGGAACGCCGGGAGUGCCGGGAGCGGCGGCGGCGGCGGCGGCGGCGCCGGGGGGAUGGAGCCUGCAGGGCGGCGUGGACUGCGCCACCAGCGGCGUGCUGGCACGUAGGUGACAGGUUUUGGGGUGUCCUGACAUUUUUUGGGGUGUCCUGACAAUUUUUGGGGUGUCCUGAAGUUUUUGGGGAGGUUUUUAGGGAGGUUUUGGGAUCGUUUUAGGGUGUCCUA